UCUCUCUCACUUUAAAAUGGCCGCUUCUGGCGUGGCGCGUGCAUCAUGAAGAAGCGUUGCGUUCCGCCCGCGUUGUCGUUCGGCGUAAUCGUGCGAGUUCCGCUUACGUGAGAAAGUUCUCUCGACGAGAGAACGCGCGCGCGUCGGGAAGUUUCUCGUUCAACGCGAUCUUUUCCGCGCGUUUGUCCGAAAAUCGGGUGCGAGCUAAAAACCGAAACAAUUUGGCGGAAACAAAAAAAAAAAAAAAGAAUGUUUGUAAUCCGAGCCCUUGGCGUCCGCGAGAGAGCCAUCGAGUGACGCUUCCAUGACGAUCCGGUGCAACGAUAUAAAUCAUCUUGCUUUCGUUUUCUUUUCGAAGAUCUCGUUCUUGAUGAAUUCGAGUCGAUUUAAUUAGAGUCGUACGGAGUCGAUUCCGCACGUGUUUUCCUUGCGGUUGUGUGACUCGUUGACGAGACACGAGAGAGAGAGAGAGAAAGAGACAUCGAGAGCCAAGUGACUUCUUCUUCUUCGUCUCACCGACACUCCUAUACAAAAGUGAGAUUUCGAUAUUGCGCUAAUAAAUAUAAUCUUCCUGAAAACUCCACUAUCUGCAACUUCAAGAUGAGCAGAAGUAACGAAAGCAGUGUAUCGCUGGCAACUCCGCCAGCAAUCCAUGUUGGGCCCAUUGUCACACCCGGGUCUCACGAGACCAUCUCCAUCGUGAUACCAUUGGCGGCACAGGUGACUACAAUGGCAACCCAGAAAGUAGAAACGAAAAACUGUAACGACUGUCCCAAAAAUGUCAAGCCAUCGGUUGCUACCAAUCGUACUCGAAGUCCAAGAAACGACAGAACAAAAGGUUGCCCAUUUCCUACGUGCGCGCGAUACGGACGAGCGUUCUCCAGAGCGCACGAUCUGAAGCGACACAUAGCUCGGCACGAGAUGCGCAAGAAAUUGCAACAGGCCAAUCAACAAAAGAUCGACGUGGAAAACAGUGCAAGCGACGCGACAUUGCAAGGCAAUCUUCUGCGCGGAGCGGAGGUAAAGAGCGAAUUUUCCUGCCCGCAAUGUAAGAAGAGAUAUGACGACGAGGAAAAGCUCAAGACUCAUUUAGAGUCACAUAACAAGAAAUCACCAAAGAAAAACAACGAGGAACAUACCAAAAACCUGCAGCAGCACAAUCAAGUGGACAAGUCAAAGGAAACUGCGGACGAUGACUUUUUACUCGAGGAGAUGCUACUGCUAAAGAAGGAUCCUCGAAAAACAAACAAAAGCGAUUCAAAAAUCAGAUGCGACUACUGCUCGAAGAUCUUCAAAUCCAAGUGGACUCUGAGCUCGCACGUGGCGGCUCACGAAGGCCGUUUUCAAUUCGAUUGCGGUCAGUGCGGCAAGAAGUUCGUCAGGAAGAGCCACUAUGAGGGUCACGUGCGCUCCCACGAAGCCGCCCGACCGUACGUCUGCGAGCAGUGCGGUAAAACGUUCAAAGAGCUGAAGCAUCGUCGCGAGCACACCAAGAGAAAGCAUCCGAACAAUCAGAACGCGAUACAGAGUUUGUUAGAUAGCAUCGGGCCGUGUGCAACCGAAGAGACUAACAUCGAUCAGGCUAAGUUUACUUUGCUGAUGCCAGUGAAUUUCAGCGCGUAAAACAAUUUGAAGAGAUCUCCGUGGUUUCUUCGACUUCGAAUUGCUAAGGGUUUGGGGUUUUGCUCGGACGAGUGAUUUCGCGAAACUUCUUCCACUUGGGAAUUCUCAAGAGUUCGGAAACUUUUGAAAGCUUGAAACUUUAAUCGCUUGAAAUUUAGGAUCCCCGAGAUUUCGAGUUCAUGUGAAAUUUGGGAUCGCGAUGAAAAAAAUUCUUAUAUACAUAGAACUAUAUGCUCCUGCAAAUUGUGAAGUUUUGAAGUUUUAAGAUUCUGCAUCUUUUGAAGGUUUAGUAUAUAUACAUAUAUAUAUAUAUAUAUAUUAUAUAUAUAAAAAAAAAAAAUCACAUGCCAUAUGUUUGAAACUUUGCAAAAUUGGAGUUCUAAGUAAUCGCGGCGAUUUUCAACGACCAAGAAGAUAUGUCCAAAGAAUUAUGGCGUGUGAGGAGAACGGAAGACAGGAGGGCGAACACAGGCGCAGAAUUUUUCAAAAUUUAACCAAACUCGAAUACAUUGAAUACUAGUAUAAGUCAAAUUAAACGGGCAUUGUGAGAAUUAUCACCUCGGGCGCAAGAAUUCGAACGCAAUUUCGGAUCGAAACGGUUUUAACAACCGGUUUGUUUGUCACCUUGCAUUUGUGAAAUUUGUAAAAGUGUGCGGCAAUAUGCCGAUGUGAAAUGUGCGCAGAGAGAAGUUCUUACAAAAAUUGAAUGACGAAUUGACCGUGACAAAUCAAAACAAUGCUGAUUGUAUUCUACCUGCUAUUCUAUACCUCAUGAGAAAUGUCAAGAAAAAUAAAUCUUAAACCAGUUAA